ACGGCAUGAUGCGUAAUACACCGUGCCGACUACUCCACAGCCCGCUGCCAUCUCAUCUUUCUGCUGCUUUUAACAGCAGUGCCGAGGUCUUGCCCUCACUUAUGUGUUGGUGUUGGCUGCUUCACGACAAGGUUUCCACAGCUCACCUUGCUGCUGCUGCAGGUCAGUGUUUGUGAAAGUUUCCAGGCUUGUGAUCUGACACUAUGGGAAACUUUACAAGCAAGAUCACAGUCCGCAACCAGACUGAGAAGAAGCUCUUCAUCCUGGUAUUCGGCGACCAGGAGGUGAUGUACGCGUUUUACCGGGAGUUGCGCAGGGUGCCACCAGGCUUGUACGAGGGCAUUUCCGUGGCUUUCUCGGGUAGGGACAUGGCUGUGAAAAUCGGUGUCAUCCACGACCGAUAUGAAGACUACCUCAUAUACGACCUCUUCCGGGUUACCACCAACGCUGACCUCUGCAUUCAGGCAGUAGACGAGAACGGGGUGUUAGAGUGGCUUCAGAUCCGGGGAGUAGAACUACUCGAACGAGGCCGCUGCAUUAGGCUUGGAUCGGACUACACCCAGCUGGCCAUGAAGUCGGAACAAAAGGUCGCAGAAGAAGUCCGAAAGCUGACGGAAUCAGAAUUUUUGCGUUGAUGUCAUGUCGAAGAGUGUGUUCAGCCGCGAGCUUCUCUGAAUUUUAAACACUUUCCAUCUCAACCAGCUUAAGGGAGACUGACAGUGUAGCUGCUCCCUUUUUUGAUCACCAUGCUUAAUUUAAGACAACAGAUACCCUUAAGUUUUCAGAUUAAGCCGGGCUUUAUUCCUGCUGACAGCGAGCCAAAACAGCAGGUAUCAAAAACAUUCGCUUUAAUGACGGAACUACUCAGCUGUCCAGAAAAAAGAAUUAAUUUGUAUUAUAAGGUCUAUAAAAUGUUGUGAAUGUU